AUGUUCAAUCUUCUAACGGCAAUUUCUCAUAUGCAUUCCAGAGGAGUGUUUCAUAGAGAUAUCAAACUAGAUAGUAUUCUAAUUUAGAGUCAAUUGCCUUCUGUCUUAUUGACUAAUUUCUGCUAUUCAGAAACCUAAAUUUCUUAAACCCAAUACAAGAAAUGUGGAACACCAGGAUUUAUUGCACCGGAGAUCUUUAAAACAAAACUGUACACUCCGAAAGCAGAUAUAUUCAGUUUCGGUUGUUUGUUUUAUGUGCUAUGUUUUGAACAAACUCCCUUUUAGUGGAUCUACAUAAGAAGAGAUACUAUAGAAGAAUGAGUCAGCUCUUAUUAAUUAUUAAAUUUAGUAUUGUAUUAUUAGUUAAAGAAGGAAGUAACUAUGUAGGAAUGUGUCAUCUUCAGGGAUAAAUUUGUUGAAGGGUCUUCUGAUUUCUGAUCCUGAUUAGAGAUCAUCUGCUUAAUAGGCUAUACAACAUAAUUGGUUUAUUAAGAUCGGUACUAAACAAAAGGCAAAGUUCCAUUAAAAUAUUAUAAAAGGAAAGUAUUUUGAACAAUAAUUGAAAAUUCGUUUGAUAUUACUCAUAGGUAUACUAAGAAUUGUUAUUUUUUAGUAUUCUAUAUCAGGUUCCAUCUAGUAUAUCAAUUGAAGAUAGAGUAGAAAAGGAGUUCAGGAGUGUUAACUUGA